GAUCUUCAGUUGGAUUAUGUGUUUGGUUACCGAGGAUUUGAUUCUCGUAACAACCUACAUUAUAUAAACGACGGUGCUGACAUCAUCUUCCACACAGCUGGAGCAGGCAUCGUCCAAAACCUGUCUUCAGGUCAUCAGAGCUUUUACCUAGAACACACAGAUGACAUCAUUUGUCUUGCCGUGAAUCAAAAUCCAAAGUUUAAGAAUGUGAUGGCGUCUGGCCAGAUAGGAACUGUUCCAACUAUACAUGUGUGGGAUGCCUCUACCAAGGAGACAAAGUCGAUACUAAGUGGAGGUCACUCUAAAGGUGUUUGUGCUGUGGACUUCUCCUGCUCAGGGAAAUACUUACUGUCCGUUGGACUUGAAGAUGACCACAAUGUGAUUGUGUGGAGGUGGCAGGAAG